CUCAGGCCUAUAAAAUGUCCAUUCAUUAGCAACUAUUACAUCAAACAAGUUCCACUUCCCCUCUAAACAUGGCAAGCAUUUCCCCGCUACUCUUCCUGCUCUUCCUUUCGUGCACUUUCACACUUUUCCAUUCCUCCCGAGGUGCUGGAAUCGCCAUCUACUGGGGACAGAGUGGCAAUGAAGGCACAUUGGCUUCCACCUGCGCCUCAGGAAACUACCAAUAUGUACUCAUUGCUUUCUUAACCACAUUUGGCAGUGGCCGAACCCCGGUCCUAAAUUUAGCUAGCCAUUGCACUCCCAGCUCUAAUGGCUGCACCGUUUUGAGCAACGUUAUCUCCACUUGCCAAAGCAAUGGUAUCAAGGUCCUGCUCUCUCUUGGCGGUGGUUCCAACUCAGCUACAAGCAUGUCCUCUCCGGCUGAUGCAAGGCAAGUAGCUACCUACCUCUACAACAACUUUUUAGGUGGACAAUCAGCUUCUAGACCUUUCGGGAGUGCCAUUUUAGAUGGCGUAGACUUUGACAUCGAACAAGGUUCAAGUCUUUACUAUGAUGAUCUUGCCCGAGCUCUUUCCGGGUUCAGCACACCACAGAGGAAAGUUUACUUAUCAGCAGCACCGCAAUGUCCAAUCCCUGAUGCUAAACUAGAUGCUGCAAUAAAAACAGGACUUUUCGACUACGUUUGGAUUCAGUUUUACAACAACCCACAGUGUCAUUACACAGGCACGGCUACUAAUCUUUUGGCAAGAUGGAAGCAAUGGGCUGCUGCACUUCCAUCCGGCAGUCAGAUCUUUCUUGGAUUACCGGCAGCUUCUGCAGCAGCGCCUAGCGGUGGUUAUAUUUCUCCAAGUGCAUUAAUCUCUCAGGUUCUUCCAACUAUAAAGACUACUCCAAGUUAUGGGGGGAUCAUGCUGUGGAAUAAGCUGUUUGAUAAAACUUUUAGUUCCGCAAUCAAGAACAGCAUUUAAUAUGUUUAAUCAACUAGCAACCUGGGAAAAUAAGCAGUAAUACUCUAUAUGAAAAUCGUCUUGUCAUCAAUAAAUCUGAAUGCACUUCAGGCUUGAGCUUUAAUCAAAUAUUUCUCUCAUCAAAUGGCCACUA